AUGGGCCUGUCAGACGGACUGGUCGUGUUCCUCUGCAUCCUGAUUGCCGGCAUCUUCGUCGCCGGCGCCGCUGCGCUGCAUCGCGUCGUCGCAACCCGCGAGUUCACCGAGGAACUGCCCCAGCCCGGUAACGAACAGCAGUCUUACAUGAGGAUCGUGCGGUCGAGGAAAUGGCCCGUCCUCCGCGUUGACGAACGAUUGCCGCCGUCGACGGUGUCAUCGAGCGCUGUGUGA